UGCAGCCAUCGACCGAAGCCAACAAAUUCAAAGCCAAUUCAAAAUCGGUCACAAAUUACAAAUAAUACACGACUCUCUUUCUACAAUCUCAAGCUUGAGAACUGAAAGUAACAGAAUAAUGGGAAUUCCAUCGGAAAUGAGGGACUUGUGGGUGAAGAAAAGAAAGGGCUUCGUGAUUGCUUCUCCUCUUGAAGAUCAGAAGAUCCUGAACGCCAGAAAUUGCACUCGAGAAGGUGUUCGUGCCGGAUUCAAGUCAGCUUCGAUUGCAUGCGUUGCCAGCGCUAUACCAACAUUGGUUGCAGUUCGUGUGUUUCCUUGGGCAAAGGCAAACCUCAAUUAUACUGCUCAGGCACUUAUUAUAUCUGCUGCAUCGGUUGCAGCAUACUUCAUCACUGCUGACAAAACGAUAUUAGCGUGUGCAAGAAGAAAUUCCCAGCUUGAAAACGCCUUGAGAAGCCAGACAUGAUGCACUGCAAUUCUAAGUUACAGUGAUAUGUGUAUAACCUAAAGUCUUGUAUUGGCACAUCAUGUUGUCGCUUUGUAAGAUGUGCCUUUUUUGGUUUCUCUUAAUUUUCUGAGCAUGAUGGUCAAUGUCUACUGAUCUUAAAUAGCUGCAGUUUAUGACCCAUUUUAUCCGAGUUGAAUAUGGGAUUACUCUGCAGUGAUUUUAUGCUGCAUUUCUAGAGUUGUAAAAUCUGGGCCAGACUUGGCAUUGUGCAGUGAGUUUUCUCUUUUUCUUUU